CUCAGUUUCCCUCCUGGUCCCAAACUUGGAUUUCAACUUUCUGCAAGUGGUGGAGAAAGUCCCUCUGGGCUCUCUUCUUUCUAUCUGCAACUUUCCGGCUAAUGCUCCCCGAGAAUGGGCGACUGGAGUGCUCUGGGUCGUUUGCUGGACAAGGUCCAGGCCUACUCUACUGCCGGGGGGAAGGUCUGGCUGUCAGUCCUCUUCAUCUUCAGGAUCCUGGUCCUGGGCACUGCAGUGGAAUCAGCCUGGGGGGAUGAGCAGUCUGCGUUCAAAUGUAACACCCAGCAGCCUGGUUGUGAGAACGUCUGCUAUGACAAAUCCUUCCCCAUCUCCCAUGUCCGCUUCUGGGUCCUCCAGAUCAUCUUUGUAUCAACGCCGACACUCCUCUACCUGGCUCAUGUCUUCUACCUGAACAGGAAGGAGCAGAAAUUCAACAGGAAGGAGGAGGAGCUUAAAGCCGUGCAAAACGAUGGCGGCGAUGUUGACAUCCCGCUGAAGAAAAUUGAGAUGAAAAAGCUAAAGUAUGGCAUUGAGGAGCACGGCAAAGUGAAGAUGAAAGGUGCCCUGCUCAGAACCUAUAUAGUCAGCAUUUUCUUCAAGUCGAUGUUUGAGGUGGGCUUCCUGAUUAUCCAGUGGUACAUAUACGGCUUCAGCCUGUCUGCGGUCUACACCUGUGAGAGGUCCCCAUGCCCACACAGGGUGGACUGUUUCCUGUCGCGUCCCACAGAGAAGACCGUCUUCAUCAUCUUCAUGCUGGUGGUGUCACUGGUGUCCCUGCUGCUCAACGUCAUUGAGCUUUUUUAUGUGUUUUUCAAGAGGAUCAAAGAUCGUGUGAAAGGCAAACAGCAGCCCAUGCUCUACCCAAGUGGGGGCACCUUGAGUCCAACCCCUAAAGAGCUGUCCACCACCAAGUAUGCCUACUAUAAUGGCUGUUCCUCCCCAACUGCCCCUCUCUCACCCAUGUCCCCCCCAGGCUACAAACUGGCCACAGGGGAGCGGGGAACCGGCUCAUGCCGUAAUUACAAUAAGCAGGCCAAUGAGCAGAACUGGGCCAACUACUCCACAGAGCAGAACCGGCUCGGCCAGAACGGUGGAGGAAGCACUAUUUCAAACUCCCAUGCACAAGCCUUUGAGUUCCCAGAUGACACCCAUGAGCAUAAGAAACUGUCCUCAACAGCAGGACACGAGCUGCAGCCACUGGCGCUGAUGGACGCCAGGCCCUGUAGCCGGGCCAGCAGCCGGAUGAGCAGCCGAGCCAGGCCAGACGACCUGGACGUGUAAGCCCCGGUGCCGCCUCCUCCCACCUCUGCCUGGCUGACGGGAUGUGCGGCUGCAGCCAGAGAAUCAGGAAACCCUCAAUCACGUGGGUUCAUAUGAGAGGUGGGGCUAACCUCAAUCACUGUCUUCAACAUAGAGACUCUUAGUCACUCGAAGAGACAUUAAAACUUGUUAUGUAACACUGUCAAAGGUACAAGUUGCAAAUAUUUUUUUUUUCUCAAUGACUGUUACCAUAACCUUUUAGUGGAGCUAACCCAGCUUUAAGAGAACAGAGCAGCCACGGGAAUGGUGCAGAGGUGAGAACCAGUUAGAACCAGUCACUGAUCAGUUCAAGAACAGAGGACCAUACUGGUCAAAGUGGCUGAUCUGGUUUGCCAUGGUAACAUUAAAGGACAAUUCUGUUUUCUUCUUGUUUUUAUAGUUUCUGCUAUUCUUCUUAUUGGUGACAGCAUUUUACUUACCGUCAUAGCUGGUUUCUGAAGGUAUGGUGACAGCUUUACAACAGGGUGCCUUCUUAGUUGUGUCUUUUUAACAUGGACCAGAUUAAAAAUUUGCCUUCUGGGUAAACUCUGGUUUUUUUGUUUUUUUUUUACAGUUCUUUUUGUCUCUGUUAAUCCAUGAGCAUUGUUCUUGUCAAAUAAAGACAAAAAAGAAAGAAUCCAGUAGUGCAAGACAAAAAUCUCCAUACCCACAUGUUCCAAACCCUUAAUUUAGUCAAAUUAUCUACGACGUACAAUUUAGAAUUGAAAAAGUACUGCAGCGUUCACAUGGGAUCAGGCGGACAGUAGAGUUCAGAUCAACAACAGCUUCUGAACAGCACAGGUAAAAACAAAGACAAACAGUACAACAGGGUGGUAAAACCAAACAUGCAUGCUGUUAUGUUACUAUGGUGAUGUGUUGUUUACAUAAAACUGAAUAAUAUAUAUUUAAAAAAGGUAAUUUUGUGUUAAUAGUUUAUGUAUUUUUUUCCAGUAACUGUCCAGAUAAUCCUUGUUUUUGCCUUGUGUGGAGCUACCUACAUCUUAUUGUAAAUUCUGUUGUAAAAGGUGGCAAAAAUUUGAGUAUUUUAGAAAAAAAUGAGGGGGUGCUGCACUGGGUCAAGACACUAGGUGUGAUAGAGGCGCAUGGUUUUGUUUCGAGACACUCUGAUUAUAGUUAAAAGUCAUUACUUUUUAUUUUUUAAGUAUAGAAGCAUUGAAUGGCAAUGUUGUCUACCAUUAGCUUUGCCGGUAUUCUCUCCUGAGCUCACCUUAUUUUACCGUUCUGCUCUCGUUCACCAAAAUGAUACCUUGUUUGCUGUCUGCCAUCUUCCUGAUUCCAUGUGCACGCAGUAUAAGUUGAAGGUGAACCAAACUUGACUCAUGAAAGUUCUCUAAUCUGCCACCCCUGAGUCUCAAUUAACUAAAACUAUUUAGUUAGUCUUUUUUUAUGGUCAGACUUAGUUUUGGUGGGAAAUGUAAACUCUGCAUCACUUUCUUCAUCCGCAAAAGGUAUUACAGCAGAAUGAUGUCACACUACUUCCACCUUAGCCCCUGAGAGAGAAAAGUCGUGAGCAUAUUAGCUUGUUUGAAAAAAUGACAUUUUUUUUUUAGGUGAGGACAGCCCUGUGUGAUCACUAGGUGCACUGUUAUAAAGCUGUGCUUAUCAAUGAGGCAUUAUCAUAACCGUCAGGAAAGACCAACACAAGCAUGAAAUAGAACAAUAAAUCCAAGUUGCAAUGAACACACAAACACAUGCAUGUUUGCAUUAACAGAUAGUUUGAUGGCCUUACCUGCGUUGACUUGCUCUUACAGUUUGCUUGUGUAAUAAAUGUAUGUGUAAAUCAACAUUAAUACAUCUUUUUUCUGUUUUCACUUACAUCAAAACUCUUAAAACAGUUCUCAGUUAAAAUCACAUGUCAGUCACAGCAAAGACAAGAGUUAUUGUCCAGACAACUGUAUGUAAAGUGUUUAUCACUUGGCUCAUCCUUUGCCUGUUACUUAUGGUAAGGGGAUUUUGGGAGAAUGCUUAAUAUCAGUUGUAGUGAAUAUUUAUUGCUUGGCAUCUGUAGGACACCUACCACUAAGAGGAAAAAUUGACUACUAUCCGGUAUCUCUCACUCACAGAAAACAUCUAACAUUAACUCCCCACAAACUGUAUAUUUAUUGACAGUAAAAGCAUUUUUUUUCCUCUUUAGUAACUUCGUCAGUCAUCAUGGACUGUUGUUUCCUGAUAAACUUUGAAUUUAUGUGGUGUUAUGUUUUCAUUUUGUGGUUUUAUUUUGUCUUUUUUUGGGGUGUGUGUGAGAAUGGCAGGGCUGAGGGUUCAGGCUUCUGUGACACAGCAAAUUCUGAUCUGCUUUUAUGUGGCUUCCAUAAAGAAAGGCUUUAUUACUGUGUGUUAUCUUUUCUAUUUUUAUUUCAUCUUUCAUGGGCUAUAGAGAAAGACAGUAGAAUGAUUAUCUGUGUUUUACAUAUUUGAAUGAAUGAUUUUUUUUCUUUUCGUUUUGUAGGUAUUGUUUUGUUUUUCAGACUCAAUGUAACCGUUGCUGCUUGAGAAAUAGAUAUUUAGUACUGUAAAUCAAGCUAACUGUGUCACAAUAAAAAAAAUGUGAGUUUUUAGAAGACUGCUUAUAGAUCUGGACUAAUAUUUAGUCAGUUAUAUUAAAAUGUAUGCCAAUGUAGCUCCACAACUACCAAACACUAGGAUGAAUCUCAAUUUGGGCUUUUUUUUCCUUUUUUAUUGUAAUUUAAAAAAAUAAAUUGUCAUUUGUGCAUCAUUUUGUCGGUACUUACAUGUGUCAUGGAUCUUUCAGCUACAAUGGCAUUUGCACUGAGAUCUUGGUGAUAGAGAUGUAAUAUGAUGCACAACGUUAGUGGUAAGAGUUUUCACAUGUUACUAAUUUAUUUUAUAACACAGAAAUCACUACAGUGCAUAAUAUCGGACAUCUGACCACUGGUUUCAUUGUGAGAGAUGUCUUCCAUUGACAGAACAGGAGCAAUAGUCAUUUGUCAGACAAUGCUAAUCCAUGGGGAUCCACUGUUGUACAGUGUAAGUGCAUGAUAGCAAAACAAAAAAAAAAACUCAUUAAUUGUAUCUGUGAAAAGCUAUUUUAACCAAUAAAUAUUUUUCUGUCUUAA